GACAGUGAAUACACAUUUACGUACACAUAUUCCAAUGAGUUUCUUGCAAAAAUUCUUCUGCAUUUCAAUUCCUUCGAGAAAUUUUAGGAAAAAAAUGCAUUUUCUUUAAUUCUGUGUGUCUCUAAACUGGAGAAACUUCACUUUGAGGAUUAUAAAAUCAUAGUAAGAAACAUGAACACGGUGGUAGAAAUGAAUGUUUGUGCAAUUUUAUUCAUUGCUACAUUUCAAUAGCAGGGUGUAGAAGGAAUUUAGAAAAAAAUCAUACAGACAGACAACGUAUGAGUGCAAGACCAACCAGAAAAGCAACAAAGUGCGCGAAAAGUCUUCAAUUUAAUGUUCACCCAAAAUGGAUGACAGAUGAAAUUGUUUGCAGUUUAAAUACAAAUAAAUGGAUUCCUGAAUAUUUUUCAUAUGUGUACAGACAUUUCGUGUGGUGUUGAAUAUAUACAUCAUUUAAUAAAGGUGAACAGAAAAUCACUUAUUCAAAUACAUCAUGACUCGAUUUAUGUAUCUUGGUUCAAUAAUUUUAUUAGCAUAAUCCAUUAACACAGAAGUCAACUUUUUCUAAUGAAAAAAAGUGAAAAAUCAUUUAAAAAAAAAGAACCAAAAGGCGAAACUGUUCAAAUUUUAUUAAAAAAAGUAUGUUGAAAGAGUUAAGACUGUUUCAUAUUCCAUAAGCUAGUGAAAAAUAAACAUUGAAAAACUUCGAUUUAAUUUGAAUUUCCCUAAAUCGUCCCCACUUAGCAGAGUUUUUGUUUCCUGAUGUUCCCAUUUAUAUGGUAAACAGAAAAUUGAAGUGUUAACAGAAGUGAAGAUGAUUCGAAACGUUCAAUUCUCCUCAUUUUUUCGUGGAUUCCUGCUCAAAUAACUCCAGUAUUGGAAAAUGGUGUUUCUCAUAAAGUAAUUUUUGUUGGUUGUGCUUGAUCUCAAGCUACAAAGUAUAAGUAUAUCGACUUGUGAUCGAAUGUUUUCAUUACAAAAAUACAGUCCUAUAUUGUGGAUAACUUUCUGGUAAAAUAUCAACAUAAUAUACGCAAUAUAAAAGCGUAGAAGCGUGGGAACAAUUUGUUUGAGCAGUAACAGUGAAAAUUAAGAAAAAAUGGCAUAUCAAAAACCUACAAAUAUUGAUGAGUUCAUUAUUUUAAUGGCUAAAGCUGAUAUGCGUGUUAAAACUCAACUUGCUGAAGAUCUAGUUGCCUUUUUGAUUGACCAAGACAAUUCAAUAGUUUCAAGUGAUUUGGGACAAUUAAUCGAUAGUUUGAUGCCAUGGCUGACAGGGAGCCACUACAAGAUUGCGCAGAGGGCACUGGAGGCAUUUACAGAACUCAUAAGUCGUCUAGGCACUGAUUUUGUCGCAUAUACGCCAACAAUCUUACCACAUGUUGUUGAUCGCCUCGGGGACAGUCGAGAUACUGUCCGAGAAAAGGCUCAGCUGCUUCUUAGUAAGCUCACGGAACACCGUGUCAUCCCACCGCAACAAUUACUUGACAAGUUAACGAUAUGUUUUAAGCAUAAAAAUGCAAAAGUUCGGGAAGAAUUUCUGCAAACUAUCGUCAAUACACUGAAUGCGUACGGUACUCAAGUUCUCUCGUUAAAAUCAUUCAUUCAACCCAUCGUGAGUCUUUUAGGAGAUCCUUGUGGACCUGUAAGAGAUGCUUCCAUUCAAACCCUAGUCGAAAUAUAUAAACACGUCGGAGACAAAUUGAGAGUUGAUUUAAAGAAGAAAGAAAUUUCGGCCACCAAAAUGGCGAUUCUGGAGCAAAAAUUCGAUGAAAUCAAGGUUAAUGGAUUUCUGAUGCCUUCUGCAUUGAGUUCUGCUAUGUCUAAUAAUGAUGAAUUGGAUAAUGCUGGACAAGUCAAAACGAUGAGUCGGACGAUUAAGCGAACUGUGUCUUCAAAUGUUCGAAAACCGCAUUCGUUGGAUAUUCAAAGUGAUGCGGGUGCAGUUACAAUGGAAAUUUUUGAAUCUUCUUUCGAAGUUGUGCCUCAAAUUACGGUAUUCAACCAGCGUGACGUUGACGAUCUUUUGAAGUCUAUCAAUACCACAAUCGGAGAUAAAAAUAUGGAUUGGGACAAACGGAUUGAUGCACUCAAAAAAAUUCGUUCAUUGCUUAUGCUUAAUGUUCAUACGUCAUCGACAUUUUCUCUAUAUCUGAAAGAAAAUCUAUCUAUUUCGUUUCUUGAUAUAUUGAAAGAACUACGUUCACAGGUCAUCCGUGAAGCCUGUAUUACCAUUGCAUAUAUGUGCAAAGUUAUUCAAAACCGUUUGGAUGUUUUUUGUGUUCAUAUAUUUCAAGAACUAAUAAACCUUAUUCAGAAUUCAGCGAAAAUCAUUUCAUCGGCUAGUAUAAUAACAGUGAAAUAUGUGAUAAAAUAUACACAUGCACCAAAACUAAUCCCAAUUAUAACACAAAAUCUAAUGCAGUCAAAGUCAAAAGAUAUUCGUGCCACAUUAUGCGAAGUAAUGUUCUACUUAUUCGAGCAUUGGUCAACUAAAACACUGGAAAAGUUCUCAAUCAAUUUAAAAGAAGCAUUGAAAAAGGGCAUUUUUGACGCCGACAACAUGGCACGCAAGCAUAGUAGGAGGAAUUUUUGGGAAUUCAGACGCCAUUUUCCAGAUCUAGCUGAUAAUUUGUAUGCAUCACUUGAUUCGCAAACACAGAAAACAUUGGACCGAGAACAAGAUGGUUCUGAAUCAAAUGGAACGAAUUCUAUGAGUGCCAGUUUACGUGGAAGUAACAGUAGUUUGAAUUCAAUUCCAAGCAGUGUCAUAAAGCGUCGACAAUUCACUGGCCUCAGAAGUCCUGUAACGAUUGUCCCAUCUGCCAGCACAAGUAGUGAAAAUCUUAUAACUCCAAUAACAUCAUACGGUAGCACUAGUCGACUUUACAGAAUACCUACGUUGUCAAAAAAUCGUAAUAAAAGCGGAAUACCCGUAUCAACAAUUCACCGAGAUGUGUCACAAAUUUCUGCACUUCGAGGAAAUGUACGAAGCAUUUCAGCGUUGGAUACAGCAGCUGUACAACGAGCUAGAGCCAGACAACAGUACUCUACAAUUGCCCGAAUGAAGGUGACAGCUGGAACAGCUUCACUUCGUCAGGUGGCUCAACAAGCACGUGCAAAAAAAGUUGCACAAAAUGUCUCCAAUCAAUCAACACCUCAAGCAGAAUAUCGUAGUACUGUUCGGCGCAAUAGUGGUGUGACUCAAUCACAACCGACAUCUAGGAGUACAUCACCAUCAUCUCGAUUGUAUAGCACGUCUGCGUAUAGACAAACUGGUACAAUUCCAAAAAAGACUCCAAUCAUUCCAAGAUCACUCGUCACCUCGCGUGAAACUAGUCCGACUAGAAAUGGAGUACAUCAAACUGUUCGCCGUUUAGGAUAUUUGCCUAGUAACAGCCCUCGUCGACAAGAAAGACCUCCAAUCAUUCCAACAAGGCCAGUUUUAGCACAGAAAAUUCUACAGGCCAGUCGUGAAGCUGAAACUGCUUUAGCCGAUGCCCUUUCCCCGGAUGAUGCAAAUUUAUCAAAUGAAUUAGGUCGUCUACAUUUGCAUCGUAAGAUAUCUCGAGAUGAAUCUGAUGAGAGUGAGGCUUCAUCCGUGUGUUCAGAAAGAAGCUUUGAUUCAUUCCGACGUAAUGAUUCAGGCUCAUGGAAUGGAUCCAGAAAUAAACUAGAUCGUACGGUUAUUGAAGACAUAGACAUAAUAAUUCAGUUCUGCUCCUCCACGCAUUGGGCCGAACGAAAAGACGGUUUGACUAGUUUGACACAGUAUCUGUCUGAGGGGAAAUAUUUAACACAAGAGCAACUGAAGAAUAUUCUGGACCUGUUUAGAAAAAUGUUUAUGGACAGUCAUACGAAAGUGUACGCUUUAUUUUUGGAUACUGUUAAUGAGCUAAUUAUACUGCAUUCAAAUGAUUUACAUGACUGGCUUUUCAUUCUACUGACGAGACUUUUUAAUAAAUUGGGGGCAGAGUUGUUGGGAUCAAUGCAUAGCAAAAUAUGGAAAACUUUAACUUUGGUUCACGAAUAUUUUCCACCAGAACUUCAAUUGAAAGCCGUUUUCCGAAUUUUGGUCGAUGCCGCCCAAACACCAAGUAUAAAAACUAAAAUUGCGGAACUAAAAUUUGUCACAAAUUUAGUUACGACCUAUUGCCGAAGCGAUGAUUUUCCGAAGCAACUUGCUACAAACAAGGCAAUACAGAAGAUCAUACAAUUGGCAAACGAUCAAAAGAGCGUAGAACUCAGAGGUCAAGCUCGUUCCUGUCUGAUUGCAUUGUAUAACUGCAAUACCCCCGAAAUGGCUGCUAUUCUGAGCGAGUUACCAAAAACUUACAGUGAUUCCGCGAAAUCAAUCAUUCAACAGCAUUUGCGACGAAAUACCUCUGGCACAAAUAGUCCAUCAUCACCACUUUCCUGUUCAAGUCCCAAGUUACUUCUGAGUCCACAACUUGGUCCAAUUAGUUUGAAUCAUUAUGCUAGUCCGCGGUCGCGACAAUCAUCGGUUGAGACCAAUGACGGUACGCUCCAAAUGAAUACCGAAGAAGUAUAUCGUAAUUUGCGUAAAACAACGGCUGAAAUACAGAACUAUAGUUUUGAAACCAAGCUAGGCCGAGACACCAACAGCAAAGAUUUUGGAAUAAGCCAAAUGGAUGAGCAACAGUUGGGAGCAGUAACGUCAAAUGAAUUUAUCAGGCAACAGCAACACUAUAACGUGAAUCAAUCGCAACAAUACGGAAUGAAUGGUCACAAUGGAAAAUAUUCUUCUUGCGGCGACAAAGAAGACUCUUGUAAUGGUUCGAAAACACAAUCAGCUGCAACCACUGAGUCCAAUACACCCGAAAAUACAGUUAGAAUUGAUGGGGAAAUUUUAACGCGUAGUACGUUUACUGCAAAGCACUCAAAUAAUGUAACAUUUUUGCCUACCGGUGAACUAAUAACAGAAUGGGGAGCUAAAGAAUCCGAAGUUAUGAAAGAAGCAUUAGCCUUGAGCACAAGUUUGCCACAUGAACAAAUUGUUCAAACCUUGGCCGAUUUGUCAACGUGUAUCAAACUGGGCAAUUGUGAGUUGCCAGUCAAACAUUUCAAGGCCAUAAUGAAACUGUUAUUGGCACUUCUUGAUUCUCAACAAACGGACAUCGUGUUGGCUGUAAUACAUACACUGUCGAAAAUACUUCGAAGUGAUCGAAUGAAAAGUAGUUGGUGCAAUUUCUUAGAGCUAAUCUUGCUCAAAAUUAUUGAUUGCUAUAAAACACACAAAGAUGUUGCUGCAAAAAUUGAUGAGAUUUUAAAACCCAUUGCCAGUGUACUACCAGUCGAUGGCACCAUUAAUAUACUGAACCCCGUGAUAGCAACUGGAGAAUUUCCCACCAAUCUGUGUGCAAUUAAAUUGCUCACUGAAUUGGUGACUAAUCAAAGUGAACAAAUUACUGACGUACAUAUAGACAACGUUAUGCCAAAUAUUGCAAAGCGUACAGAUGACACACAAUCAAUGGUCCGAAAGGCAGCCGUAUUCUGCAUUGUACGAUUUUACGUUGUAUUGGGAGAAGACAGAAUUAAACCCAAAUUUUCACUACUAAAUUCAAGUAAAAUAAGAUUGCUCAAUGUUUAUAUUGAGAAAGCUUCAAAUCAAAAAUCGUGAUCCUGAAUAUCAAAUUUCUGUCAGCAUGGAUAGCGAGAGGAUGAUACCUUCACAUGAUCAGCGUUUUAUAGAUAGUUAAAACAACAAAUUUCAUACAUUAUGUACAUGCGUAAAUGUUGAUGAUAUUAGGGAAAUGCAUAUUAAAAUACGCACAUGAUUUGAUUUUCACCUUUUGUGAUAGAUAAAAGCCAAGAAAAUUUACGUCGUUUUGCAGAUCAAACUUGUUUAUCGAGUUUGGAAACCUUUUCAAAAAUCAUUAACAAUCUUUCAACUUUGCAGACGUGGGCACUACGGAUUUAGUUUUUCAAAUACGAAUGGAACAUAAUAGAAAGAUAUAAGUCAAUGUUAUAUUCCUUUGAUAUCAAGUUAUUCAAUGAUGGACCUAUUGGUGUCAUAAACAUAUCAUUGGAUUUUUACUAAAUAACACACAACUUUUGGAAAACACGGAAUUCUUCUCCCAAAUGAAUAAAUUUCGAAUAUUAUAUAUCCAGUGGCAUGUUUUGGCCCACGUCUGAUGAUUUCACACAAAUGUAAAAAAAAUUAAAAAAUGAUCAAUUUGACGUUACUUUGAGUAUUUUAAUUUCAUAUUACCUCCCAUGGUGUAAUCAAUGCAUAUUUUAUGAAACAAUGGAUCACUAAUCUUUCAUUCCUUAAUGCUUAUUUAUUCAAGUUUAAAUAUUUGUAUUAUGUUGCGAGAUCUUACUUUGUGUCGAAACAAAAUAAAAAAACCUAAUCAAAA